AUGGACUUCAACUAUGAAGCCAGAGCCAAAGGAGUCACACGGAUGAUGAUGGGAGAUGAUGCCAAGGCCAAGUGCCCCGAGAUCCAUUUAUUUCGUGUUCCAGAACUUAGAGGAAAAGCUGAUCUCACCAAGUAUAGAGAUGCUGGGAGAGAAGUCAUAGAGGUGCUGACACGUUUCACUGGUAGUGUUGAAAGAGCGAGCAUUGAUGAAGCUUAUAUUGACCUCACAGAAAUGGUGAAGGUGGUGAUGACAGAAUCCUGUCAUCUUGACCAUAAGAGUCUACCAAGCACCUUUGUUGUUGGAUAUGAUGAGGAUGAUUCAGAGGAAGGAAGGAGGAAAGGUUUGAUGGAAUGGUUGGCAAACUUAGACGAAGGAGGUGAAUCCAUAGAAGAAGACUUUGAAGUUAAUAGAUGCUUGGCUUUGGCUGCUAUCAAGGUUGAGGAAAUGAGAAAAGCCAUAUUUGAACAGACAGGAUUUCGUUGUUCUGCAGGAAUCUCUUUUAACAAAGUCCUCAGCAAGCUUGGCUGUGGCUUACACAAGCCAAACAAGCAGACUGUAGUGCCAGUCCAUUCAAUCAGGAACUUGUUUGAAGCCCUUCCUGUCCGCAAGGUGAGAAACCUUGGUGGGAAACUUGGGAAGAGGAUUGAGGAAGAAUUGGGAUGUGCAACAAUGGGUCAGUUGGCUGCUCUCUCUGAGCAGAGGCUUCAGGUCACCUUUGAUGAAAAGAUUGGAUCUUGGCUGUAUCUUCUGGCACAAGGGAUUGACCAGGAACCAGUCCAGUCAAGGCAGUUACCCAAGUCCAUCGACACCGGAAAGUUUUUCAGGGGUCCUGAUGCCUUGGUCACUUAUGAUAAAGUUUGGUAUUGGGUUCAGCAGAUGGCUGCAGAGGUUUCAGAGAGACUUAAAGCAGACCAAGAAAGACUUUCCAAUUCAAGAGAUGAAGCAAAGAGCCCACCAAUCACAAGUCUUGGCCUUCAUGCAGGAAACUUUGAACCAUUUGUGAUGCAGAAAACAACAAUGAAGAACUUUCUUCUAAAAAAACAUGUAUCAGUAGCAGGUGAAAAUGAAGAAGCUCAAUCUCAACUUUCACAUGAACAGAACUGCGAAAAUGAAGGUUCCCCCUUCAAGAUACCAACAACAUCAUCAACUGCUUUUUCUUCUCCUUCUUCUUCACUACGGGCAACUCCAUCUGUACCCCAUGAAAGUAUUGGAAAGAGAAAGCUGUGGAACUUUCAGCAGAAAUCCCCAGACAUUGAGGGCAAUGACAUUAGAGCACAAAUUAGAGAAAUUUUUCCUGAUCUAACUGCCAUUGAUGAUGAAGUGCUUGCUCUUCUCCCACUAAGAAUGCAAGCAAUAGUUCAAGAAGAAAUCCAGAAAUCAAGGGCAGCAGUGGGAGAGUGUUGUUCCAUGCAAAAUGGUGGACUUUGGAAGUACCUCAAGCGAGACAGAAUUAUUGUCCUUGUGGACAUGGACUGCUUUUAUGUCCAAGUGGAAGAGAGACUCAAGCCUGAAGUGAAAGGGAAGCCUGCUGUGGUCGUCCAGUACAGAGCAUAUAAAGGAGGAGGGAUCAUAGCAGUAAAUUAUGAAGCAAGGGCACUUGGAAUAAACAGAGGGAUGAUGGGAGAUGAAGCUAGGGCUAAGUGCCCUGAAGUCCACCUUUUUCGUGUUCCUGAAGUUCGAGGCAAAGCAGAGCUCACCAGGUACCGUGAUGCUGGUCGUCAGGUCAUCCAAGUUCUUGCUGAGUUUUCGGGCUGUGUGGAGCGAGCCAGUGUGGAUGAAGCCUACAUUGACCUGACAGAGGAAGUAGAGAAGAGAUUGAAACAAGAGAAACUUGUGACUGCUGGAGAACUAUCUACAACUUUUGUUGUAGGAUGGGAGAGUGAGGAAGAUGAGACCGGAGUGGCUCGAUGGCUCAACUCCAUUGAUGAAAGCAGCUCCUGUAGUGACACAGAUCGACGACUUGCAAUUGCAGCCCACAUUGUUGAAGAAAUGAGAAGAGCCAUUCUUGAGAAGACCAGCUUCAAGUGUUCAGCUGGCAUUUCCCAUAACAAGAUGCUGAGCAAGUUGGCUUGUGGUCUGCAUAAGCCCAAUCAACAAACAGUACUUCCAAUGGCUUCUGUGUGUGGCCUUUGGGAAAAGACAUUAAUCCAUAAGGUUAGAAACCUUGGUGGAAAGUUGGGACAAAUGUUGGAGGAGGAGAUGAACUGCAAGACCAUGGGUGACUUAUCAAAGCUUUCUGAAAAGGAACUUCAAAACAAAACUGAUGAUAAAACAGGGUCCUGGUUGUAUGGAUUGGGAAGAGGUAUUGACAAUGAACCUGUUACAGAUCGACACCUUCCUCAAUCGAUUGCUUGUGGAAAAUUUUUCAGAGGAAGAGAAUCCCUCACGACUGCAGAAGAGUUCAUCUAUUCCAACCUGGGGUUGGAAGGGAUAAAGAAAGAGGCAAAGGAAAUCUCAAGACACACUCACCUCAAAGAGUGUAUGGAGAGGGCAGGAAUGGAAAGUUUGAGUAUUUAUGACCAGCAGGCUUUGGAGCCACCUAAAAUUCUCUUUGUUCCCAUUCACUCUGAUUUAGUUCAGUUUUGGGUGUCACAGCUAGCAGAUGAAGUUUCAGAGCGACUUAUUCAGGAUCAGGAAAUGAAUAAGAGAAGAGCAAAAACACUGACCCUGAUGCUUCACAUGGGUGGAGAUAAUCCUCAGACUGUCUCCCGCUCAUCUCCCUUAACAUCUUAUGAACAGGAAGCCAUUUCAAGGAUAGGCUACAAUGCUGCCCUUCGAUUCAACAAAAGCACAAAGAGUGCAUGGAAUCCACCUGUCACAGGAAUGUUUCUCACUGCAUCCAAGUUUGAGGAGGAAAGCAAACAAGCUGGUGCCAUACAAAAAUUUCUCCAAAGAAAGGAGCACAUGCCUGAUGAUGAAAUUCUACCAGUUGUGAAGAGUGAGGUUCUAAAAGACACCAUGACUCUCAAAUUAUCAGGCGAGGCCCUGAAAUCCCAAGUGGCAUCAUCAUCUUCAUCAAAAUUUGGUCACGAUGUGGAAGCUGGCACAUCAUUUCAUGACUGCACUCCUGCUAGGCAGGCCUCUGGCCCCCUAGAAGAGUGGGGCCCGGGGCUACAGCUGCUUUUGCCCAUGAUCAUGUUUCCACAGUAUACAAAACCACAUAGCUGCUGCUGUUAG